AUGGCCACCAGCGAUUCUCCCCCGGCACCAAGCACACCUCCAAGCGAGGUUCCCACGCCCAAGUUCGACAGAAAGUUUAAGCCCAACGAACAAAUAUUCUACUUCUACCACGUCAUUGACGCUGAAAAAGCGACUCUACAAAGCCUGAUUCUCGGGCCCAACGUGUCCAACACCUUCUCCCACGCCCAGGCAGCAACAUACCAUACUGCGUCUGACAUUGAAGCCGCUCUCGCCCGCAAAACAACGGGCUUCCUCGCGCUUCUCCAGCCAGGCACCAGCCCGUCCCGCACGAUCCUCGCAUGGGCGGAAAGCGGCCACGGGCACAACCCCCGCGGGGACUUUUUAGACCCGACAUCCUCGGUCCUGUCAAACAAGCGGUGGACGGCGCGCGCCAUGAAGCUCGCCAAAGAAAUAGGCAUUAACAUGGGCCACCCGUACGACCGGCUCACCCUUGACGGUAAAGUGGGCAUGUUCCGCGCCAGCCACGUAGAGGUGAAGCUCGCCGUCCACGCCGUCUAUAUACUCCUCAAGAUGGCUGCGAUGCCUACGGAUCGGGUGACGAAGGCGGAUCUAAAGAGGUUGCGGGCGAGGGCGUGGUGCGGCGGCGCCAGGCCGCGGUUUGAGAUUUACUUUUCCAAGAAGAACUGCCCCGCGUGCGCCAAGUACGUGCGGCGGCUGGAGGAAUUGACAGGUGCGGAGAUUGCACUCUGUUGGAAGCAGAGGCUGGUCAAGAUUGAGUAUCCUAAAAGCAAGGUGGGUUCGGUGGAAGAUGCCCAAAGGGAGGUUAUACCCGUGGAGGGGUCGGAGAGCGAGGAACAGGCACAGGGGCAGGAGGACGUGACUGAGAUGCAAAUGGUGGAUCUCACGGACGACACGGACGAUGUUGGGUCGCAGGUGUCGGAGGUGGUUGAGGUGACGCCCGAGCCGCUGGGCGUAUAUGUGAACGGUCUCGCGUACUGCGUCGGCCAGAUGGGGGACCGGGGCAGAGUCAUGCGCGCGGUUGUAGGCCUGGCCAAGAUCUGGAAGAGACAAGCUGCCAUGAGGGCAAACGUGCGACCACGGCGUCAGAACAGCGGCAGCGACGGGGGACCGACGAAGGAGAGAGGAAGGACUUGGCUUGCUACGCCGCCCGCCUCGAAUGUACCGGGGCAAACACAGGGCACCGCACGGGCUGGGUUGGAGAGCCGUGGUGCCGAGAAUGAAAAUGCAGUUGUUGGAGAAGGAUGGCCGCAACAGUAUCCCUUCGUUUGCAGAGACAAGGUGUCGCCAGGUAGAUGA